UAUGAUUUCAUCGAAAAGCGAAACUAUUGAAGAAAUACGACGCGACGGAAUUGUUAACAAAGACCGCUCGACUACACUAUCCAAUUAUACGUAUAUGAAUUCGUGUUAGUUUUUUUUCUCUAUUAAUUCAAGUUGAGGUAUCCAACAGACGAAAAAAAACCCAAAAUAUUUUGGAUAUGCUAUACCUCAACAGCAUCGACCAAAAAUAAAUUAGUCAAAAUGUGGUCUUUAACGCAAUCGGUCUAUGAAAUUUUGAUUUUAUCAAUUUGUUCGUUAAUAUUUGUUAAAUCGACCUGGAGUGAAUCAAUCCAAAUAAUUAAAAGUGAUCCAACAGAAAAUUUGGAGCAAAGCUCCCUGGUUUACGGUAUAUUUAAAGACAUUCUGCUGACCGAAGAAAGUGAAUGUGCACAAGAGGUUAAAGUGAUUUUGGACGGCAUUCAAAACAAAGAUGUGUGGGCCUUGAAGAUUUUGGACGCAAAUCCAAAUGUACCGUCGUCAUUUAUUAAUGGAAAUAAUUUCUGGUUCCUAUCGAGUGGUUUGUGUGAUGGCAUCAAUGAGCCAAUGGCAAUAUCACUAACGGAUUACAUACCGAAAAUGAUGAGAAGUGAUCUGUUGAAUUCAACAUCGCCAAUUUCGGUCCAUCAGCGAAUGGUUUAUGCAAAUUUUUCGUCACAGAUGCAAGUGGAUGUAAAUUUUCACGUUAAGCCGAUUAUUCACAUUGGACUUUGUGUGCCUGACUCGUGUAAGGGCGAAGAAAUUAUGAAGUCAACUCAGAAUUUUUUAAACAAGAACGAGAUCUCUGUACAACGCAUUUUCCAAGUUAACCUUACAGUAGUUGGUACAAAAACAACACAAUUCGAUACGUCUCUUCUGACCGAAAAGUGUUUCUACGCUUUCUGUCUCAUAUUCGUAUUUGCCAUAGUAACGUCGGGUAUAUCCAUUUACAACAAUAUUAGUGCUAAAAUAAGAUACACCGAGCCAGAUAUCAAUGACAACGACAGUAGUCAGACGAGACAACCUACUCCAGAUAAAAAUGAAGACAAGGCAUUGUUCCAUCGAAUAUUUGAAUGUUUCGAUAUUAUGGAAAAUUACAAUCGCUUGUUCCAAACAUCGCCAAAUAAUAAUUUCUUAUCCUCUAUUGCUGGAAUCAGAACUGUAAUCUGUAUCUGGACAAUAGCGUUCCAUAUCAACUAUCAUUCUGCUUUCACCCUCGAUAACAUUCCCCAAUUGACUGUGAAAAUGGAAUAUUUUAUGUAUCAACCGGUCUUCCAAGCGUAUUUAUAUGUCGAUGUGUUCUUCGUACUCAGCGCCAUUUUAUUGGCGUACAACUUCCUAAAAAACGACGAUACGCGAAAAUCCAUUGUAUCAAACGAUUUUAUGGAAAAUACGAAACUUUUCCUAAAGUUCUGCAUACAUAGAUACGUUAGAUUAACACCGGUUUUGAUCCUGACAAUGGUACUCAGCGAAGUUCUGGUGACUUAUCUAGAGAAGUAUUCGCCAUUUUGGAUUGAUCAAUCCCAUGAUCUGUAUUGCAGAGAUUCAUGGUGGAUGAAUAUGCUCUACAUUCAAAACUUAAGCACAUUAUCGGGAAUGUGCAGCUCUUGGACGUGGUAUCUGGCGUGUGAUAUGCAAUUUUACAUCAUAUGUCUGUUCAUAUUGUUCGUGUAUGCCAAGAAUUCACACCGUUCUAAAUCACUGUUUGUCGCUGUAACCGUUGCAACAUUAGCCGUCAGUUACUAUCUCAACUACAUCAACAAAAUUACAUUCCAAACCGAUAUUGUAGAAGAAACAAUUGACACUCUGUACAUCAAGCCAUAUACACGAUUCAAUCCAUACCUCGGUGGCAUUUUAAUCGGUUACAUUUUGUACAAAAUCAAGGAUACCAAAAUUGAGUUGAAGUGCACUACAGUGAUUGCAUUCUGGACACUGGCUGUUGUAAUAUUCUCAUUUACCAUCCAUAUGACGUACAAACGGGAUGUACAAACUUGGAUAUGUUCGUUGUGGUUCUCUUUGGGGAAAUUUUCGUUUGGUUUAUUUAUAGGAUCGGUAGUAUUGAUUUGUCAAUUGGGCUAUGGAGGAGCUUUCUCAGACGCAAUGAGCAGUCAAAUUUUUAUUCAUUUGAAUAAACUUACAUACAGUAUGUUCAUGGUCAGUCCUAUUGUUAUUACGGCAGCUUAUGGCCUGAAGGAGACAAGUUCUCACUUCGAUGAGGCAGAUACUGUAAUGAGUUUGCUUGGCGUCACCGUUGCUAGCUAUUUAAUAUCGGUAUUGUUUGUAAUAUUCUAUGAGUUACCCUUCCAACGUUUAUCUGAUAAAUUUAUUUUGAAAAAAGUCAGCAAAACAAUAUCAGACAAAAAAUAGUUUCAAGUCUAAGUCAAAGGUGAGGUGUGACCUCGUUUGUGACGCUGCUCUCUUUAAUGUAAAUUUCGUUAAUUUUUGUUUUGUUCAACUGUUAAAUUAUGUGCUAUAUUAGUCAUUAGAGUUAUGUAUAAUAAAUGAGUCGUUGUAACCGUGUUCUUUUCGUGUGAGAAUGGCAAUUGAACAAAACUGUAACAUU